CCUCACCCUCCUCUUCUCCCCUUGGAGGCGGCGCGAGAGCGCGAAGUUAUUCGCACUUCGCGCUUCGCGCAGCGCGAAGCGCGAAGUUGGGAGCCCUUGAUACCAGGCGGCACGCGCGGUCGCCAGCCGAGCGUCGUAGGCCAUGGCGCACACCAAGGAAGAGGACAUCCAGAUGAUGUUGGUCUGCAAGACCCAUCUGGGCACCCGGAACUGCGACUACCGCAUGAAGCGCUACGUCUUCCGCCGCACGGUGGACGGAAUUCACAUCAUCCACCUUGGGAAGACUUGGGAGAAGCUGAUGGUCGCGGCCCGCGUUAUCGUUGCAAUCGAGAACCCCCAAGACAUUAUCGUCGCGUCCCAGCGCCCCUACGGCUCCCGCGCGGUGCUCAAGUUCAGCCAGUACACGGGCGCCAUGCCGCUGGCGGGCCGCUGGAUGCCGGGUACGCUGACCAACCAGAUCACCCAGAAGUACCUCGAGCCGCGGCUGCUGAUCGUGACUGACCCGCGCACGGAUUCGCAGGCCGUGAAGGAGGCCGCCUACGCAAGCAUCCCGGUCCUCGCCCUCUGCGACACCGACUCCCGCCUGGAGAACGUCGACAUCUCCAUCCCCGCCAACAACAAAGGCAAGGAGUCCAUCGCACUCCUGUACUGGUUGCUCGCCCGCGAGGUGCAGUACCUGCGCGGCACCAUCCAGCGCACGCAGCAGUGGGACGUGAUGGUGGACUCCUUCUUCUGGCGCGAUCCCGAGGAGCUCGAGCGGCAAGAGGAGGAGAACCAGUUCCCCGCCCAGGAGUACGUCGCGCCCAAGGCCCCCGCCGCCGCCGACGACUGGAGCGGCCAAGCCACCGGCGGGAACUGGGACGACAUGACCACCGGCGCCGCGGCCGGCAACGACGACUGGAGCGCACCUGGCCAGGCCGCCGAGGGCGGGCAGCAGUGGUGAGCGGCCCGGCUGCCCUCAGCCCUCCUCCUCAGGGGUCAUUCCGAUUCCAGCAAAGCUAGCGGCGGAGCCAAGGUGGGCUGAAUUGGGUGGUGUGACCUGCCUAGCAGUGGCUGGUCGCGGCCGUACUUGCCGCAUGCCGGCGGCUGGCGGCUGAGUUCGUACCCCGCGCGUAGGGGUGCCCCCAUAGGCGUCUCAUAGGAUCCUCCCCUCCCUCCCUCCCUCCCCUUCCUCUUUCUCCGUUCCUUUUACUCAGAAGUAGCUCCUCCCUAUGUCGCGCCCCGAGGUGCGUCGGCAGGGCGGGCGCGCGUUUCGUCCGAGGAUUUUUUUUCGCCAACUGGGAUUGUGAAG